AAGUAAAUUCAAGCUGCAAUCAUUCUGCAGGUCAAGAUUUUUGUGCAAAUUGUGUGUGCAAAAUCCUGAUUUCAUGUACACGGGGCUCAAACUAUGUCAUAAGUUUUUUCUUGGCAGAAUCUAAGCACUUGAAAACAUGAAAAGGGCACACCCAAAUGUUAGGGUCAAUUAUUUUUCAGUUAUAUCUGUGGAUAAAUGACAACGCAAGGAAACAACCAGGCGCUAGUUAAAAGCCGAUGACACUUUACUUCUAGGCCAAAUCCAAAGUAUUUUACUCUUUCAGUUGGAGUUGCAUGCAAAGGAUACAAACUGCCAAAAUUGAGAGUGCACAACAUCGAAGACCGCAGAGGAAGCUCUGGUCACUCAUACGUGACAUCAUUUGUGUUGUGGAGUUAGACUCACGAUUCUACCCUUUCAACACUUGUUCUGAAGGCUCUCUAAAAUUCACUUUCAGGAUUGCUUUGCGCUCACUCAAUAACUUGUUUUUAAUGGAGACAGGGUCAGAGUCCCAUAUGUGGGCCGAAUGGCUUCAGACUGAAGCAGAUACUUUGUACGCAUGAUAUACACAUGAAAGGACAAUAUGUAUUUUUCGUGCUGGGACCUUCAAGCUGUUAUUUUUUAUUUUAGUAAUGAAGUGCAUGUUAAACAGAAUUACCAACUACAGUUUAUUUAAAGUGCAGCAUCACCCAAAAGGUGAUGCUGAAACACUUCACAGCUUUUUAAGCGGAAGUUGACACAUUAUGUAUUCUGUACACAGACAGCUAUUGCAUUAAGUACCUGGAGUCACCCGGUGGUAAAUGGGGGACACUGUGUGUCUCCGGGAAGGGGAGGAGACAGAUGAAAGCCUGAGUCACGGAAUGGUGCAAACCGUCCCGUCCCACUCCACCGUCAGUGCCCUGAAGACGUGACAUCUCUGGAAGCUCUGCUGCCUCUGUGUGUGGCACCACGGCUUGAUGUUCUGUGGGCUGAAGAUACACAGACACAGUAGAUAUGGUCAAGUCAAACCCCAAACAACAAGGUUCCUUAAAGCAGCCGAGGUGAUGCUGUGCUGAAUCUGAUGCAUUAUUGUGGGGAGCCAACUGUCACAGCAACAGACCACAAUAUUUUACAAAUAUGUUGCCUGACCUCCACAGGGUAGAAUCACAGGAUAUUUAUAGUGGGAUGUUGUGUUAAUUAACGGAUGGACUGACUCAGCAAGUUUAAAACAGAUUGUUAAAUAGAAACUGUAACAAUAUAAAGCAUCAAUAAUAUAAGAGCUAUAAUACCUCACAUUGAUAACCAUCUAUUAAAAUCAAUCAUAAAGUCUGAGAUGAGGGCUUGCGUAAUGCGCACACUUCAUGAAAGAAACGGCAGCGCCAAACAAAAGAAACCGGCAGGCAGAUUUUCACAGUUUGCUGCACUAAUAUAAAGAUCAGCACCAUUUUCAUUCAUGUAGGCUGUGCUUACUCAACCUCGACAAACAGCUGUCUUCACUACAGCUUAAUUUUCCAUAUGUCUAAAUGAUGGCCUUUAUAAUUCUACAGAAAAUAUGAGACAGGAUAGCCUCUGUUGGCCUGGGUGUAAUUUCCCACAUGGAAAACUGUCAAUAUGUAAUAAUAAUAAUUAGAUUGAUAUUUUGGGGACCGUUCUCCUCAUACGGAGCGGAGCGCGGUAUAAAAGGGCAGCCUGGGCGUUAUUGAUUGGCCCAUCCACUCUCGCUGAAGCUUAAGAUCGUGUGCAGACUCCCCUCCAGCUAUGUGCGUCUAUCGGGGAGCCAAUCCGUGGCACCAGUGUGACUCAGUGAGUCGCUUCAAGACUAUCAAUGCCACGGCACCAUCUCAUCCUCCGACCACUGGAUCCUGCGCAGUUUCUUAUUAGUGACAGUGCGCCACUAGGGGAAUCAUUUUACGCACGAGCUCCGACAGGCACAAACCGACUGUGCCGAGCCUCUGUCCUCCUGUUGCGCCAUGGAGAACUCCAGCCUGUUGGGUGGCGAUGCACAAAAUGCUGGCUUGAUAGACUUUCUUAUAUCGGACACUUUGAAGCAAGUUGUGGAUUUUCCAGAGGACACUGCCAUGGCUGGAUUGGUGGUCAGUAGUGCCGUCUUCCUUGAAGGCAGCCCUUUCAGGAUUGCCGAUGGAGCUGAGUUUAUGGCCACUCCGCCGACGGAAUCCCCUCACCUGAUGCCUGCCUUUUGGGACUCCCCGCUCAAUCACGGUAUCAAUGUAUUUGUGGGACUGGUUCUUUGCUUUACUAUGCUGGGACUGGGAUGCACGGUGGAGGUUAGCCAGCUUGGAGAACAUAUCCGCAGACCCAUCGGGGUGCUGCUGGCACUGGUGUGUCAGUUUGUUAUCAUGCCCUUGGUGGCCUUUCUGUUGGCUUUAGCCUUCUCUCUGGAGGAUGUGGCAGCGAUGGCUGUUCUCCUCUGUGGCUGCUGCCCGGGAGGAAACUUAUCAAAUAUCAUGUCUCUGCUGGUGCACGGGGAGAUGAAUCUAAGCAUCAUCAUGACCAUAUCUUCCACUCUGCUGGCGCUCGUGCUGAUGCCGCUGUGUCUGUGGAUCUACAGCCGGGCCUGGAUCAACACACCUGUGGUCAACCUCAUGCCCUUCGGGGCCAUCAUCCUGACCCUGUGCAGCACUCUCAUCCCCAUUGGCUUAGGAGUUAUGUUGAGGUACCGCUACACGCGUGUAGCCGACAUUGUUUUAAAGGCAUCUCUGUGGUCUCUGCUGGUCACCCUUGUGAUGCUGUUCAUCCUCACUGGAACGAUGCUGGGGCCGGAGCUCCUGUCCACCAUCCCACCCUCUGUCUACGCGGUGGCUGUCCUGAUGCCCCUGUGUGGCUACGCUGCAGGUUACGGCCUGGCCAUGCUCUUUGACCUGCCGCCCAACUGUCGCAGGUCAGUCUCUCUGGAGACAGGAUGCCAGAACGUGCAGCUGUGCACUGCCAUCCUGAAGCUGGCCUUCCCCCCUAAGCUGAUGGGAGGGAUGUACAUGUUCCCUCUGCUGUACGCCCUGUUCCAAGCAGCCGAGGCUGGCGUUUUCAUCCUGGCCUACAGGAUGUACAGGAAGAAGGUCCUGCACAAAGCAGACCCCAUGGGGGACAGCGAGGACACGGAUAUAACUUAUCAACGAUUUCAGGACGAGGAUAUUGAUUCAUCUUAUGGUGCCAUGACAGUGAGUGACCCAAACACCAUCAUGUUGGACCCCUGUCCUCCUGAUCCAACUCCUGUUUAAUGUGCAAAAUUUUAAAAUCAGUUCCCCACUACAGAUGUAGGAGAGCAGAAUAAGACCUGCAAGUGGAUUCAUCAUUUAUAAAGGAAACCCUGGGAAACAGGGAGACUAUGCAGGGAAAUCCAAAUGUUUAUCACUGACCUGGCUGCUGAAAAAAGGUGUUUAAUGUCAUAAGCUUCAUUCAAAUUGACAAUGCCCAUUUCAUGUCUAAUAUGGGAUGAAAAAACACGUUUUAAAACAUUGCUGUGUAACCUGUAAAGCAAUUUUCAUCAUCAAAGCUUAACUUCAAUCUGGGAAAGUGACAUUAAUCAGUAAAUCACACCAUCAAAGCAAGACAGCAUUUAAUUUCACAAGUGAAGUGUUUUUAAACUCUGUGUGUGUGUGUGUGUGUGUGUGUGUGUGUGUGUGUGCAUGUAAGAGAGGGAAACGAAAAAGACACGAGACAAACAUAUCAGUUAUUAAUUACAGUGCCAUUCCAGUGUCUGUGUAUAUUAUAAACAACUGUAUCAAGAAAAUAAAAUGUGUAUAGAAACAAAACUA